AUGCUGCAAGACACCCCUGCCGAUGAGUCUGCGGUUUCUUCGUUCUCGCCUGCUUCGCCUUCCGCUUUCCAGCAACGCACGACGCAGUUGGGGGGCGAGGCCGUGUUCUCUGCUCUAGGGUGUCGCCUGAACGCGAGUGUAUUCUUGAGAGAGGAGCAUCGCCGUCGCCAGCUGGAGCGGGCAGAGGAACGAUGCCGCGCUCUCGACGCCGACGCCCACCAGAGCUCUUCCUCUCUGCCCCACACUGUCUCCAGUGUCUCCACCCUUCUCGCCGAGCCUUCCAGAGGGUCUGGAGCCACGCCGGCUGUGCCCAGAAGACAGCUGAUCGUCCCUCACACGAACGUCUUGCCGCUGAAUCUCCAGGCCCAGGCUCAGAGAGAAGGACGAGUCAAGUUCGUGACAGAGACCUCGCUUCGCGGAGGAGAGAGUCAGGUGUCUCCUGUGGCGUUUGACCGCAAGCAUGCGGGCGACCGGAAGCUCGACGAAAAACGGAACGACGGCGAUCCGGCCGCGGAGAGGCGCGCCGCCAACGUGGGCCCCGGACGAAGCGAGGCAGAGCCUCUGGAGGCGAGUGCGACGUGCAAGAGCGAAGAAGGGAAGGAAAUCAACCCCCGGGAGUUCGUGGAGUUCAUUCGAAGCCACAAGUCCCUCAAAGACGAAUUCUGCUACAUGAAUCGGACAGGUCCGUACAGCUACCGCAUUGUUCCGUUUGCCCAGAAGGAUCCGAAAGACUACUUAACGCUUUCUUCUCGCGGCAUUGCGCACUACCGAGAAGGCGGAGAGACAGAGUAUCUCUCGCUCCAGGCGUGGGAGAGAGACCAGGAGAAGUACCGGAAAAUCGUCUCCAUUCCCUUCUUCGCCAACUAUCAAAAAUGGAGGAUCCUCUCCAUCUGGAAAACCGUCAUGCGAGAAGUUCGGUUCAAGUUGUGCGCGUCGAUUUUGCAGAAGAACCUUUUCAGCCUCGACGACAUUCUUCGCAAGGCGCUGUUGACCAUUCGGAGUUGCGGGAUAAAGUUGACGAGUUGGAACAUUCUUCUUCUUCACAGCGACGCCGUCUACUCGCUGGACCAUUUCCUCCAAGUGCAAACUGCCCGCCGCCAGCAACUCGUCGCCGAUCUCCACAAAGUGCGGGUGGCCGUCACCGCCGAGCUCUCCAGGUCGUGCUCGGAGUCGCUCCACGCGUUCCUCGAGGCGAACGGCUUCACGGCCAGGAAGAAACCCGCACCCCUGGCCUUGGCAACAUGUGGAAAUGCGGCGGGGAAUCGAGGCGGAGACGCCUCUUCGCGAGGCGGAUUUGCCAAACCAGAUGCGCCGUCGAAGAGCCUCACGGAAUCGCGCGUGGAGUCGGCGCUGUCGAAAACCUCGCGCGCGCCGGGCGCGCCCCCGUCGUACACUGAGAAGGCCACGACGCGGCUGCAGUGCCGGAAACUGGCAAAAUUCGUGAAAAUCACAGAGUACCUUCUUCAGGAGGCGCUCAUGACGUUUGUCAGGGGGUCAACGGCGCGUUUUGCUUCGAUUCUAGAGGCCUUUGCGAAGGCGGAGCCCACGGGCACGUCGGGCGAGUCGAAGCCUGCAGGCGGGGAGGACGAGAUCCCUUCCUCCUCUCCAGAGUGGCGAGGCAAAAACAGAGCGCCUGGGAGUGAGCCGAAAGCCGCACAGACGCGACAGGAGGCCGCGCCUUCGAACGACAAACCGCUCUUUCUCGUGUACCUCGAAAUGGAUGCGAGCGGCAUCGGCGUCACUCCCACCAAAGCGACGUUCCGAAACGCUAUUGAAGCAGUUCUGCUCGACGGCUUCAAAGCUGUCGCGACGAUGCCUUCGCUGACGCAGGCGCCGGAAGUUGCCGCCUUCACGGAGCCUGUCGCGCCAGGCGACGCGGGAGAAGAAAGCAAUUUGCUGUUCGCCUCUGUCUUCCCCACAAACGACGCGAGCUUCCUCGAUCUGGUCAAACGAGUGGGGAAGACGCUGGACAAACUCUUCAACCAAGUGCUUCACACGGCCGAACAAUCGAGUCACCUCGUCAGCCUGUACAGUCGCUGCGAGGCCACGGACCUUGCGUCUUUCAAGGAAAACGACUUGGAGGCUUUCGACGACACUCUGGCGCGUUACCGAGAGAAAAUCGACGAGCUUUCCGCCAUGCCCUCUCAGCUGAAGAUCGGCGCCUUCUACCUCGAUACAAGCAACGUGCGAAAAUUCCUUCUCCCGUCCCUCAAAAGAGUGGUCUCUAUGAUCCAGGAACAUCUUCCCACCCUGGCGAGCAGAGUGAUGGCAACGCUCUUGCAGAACAUCAAAGCGGCGAACGCGAAACUUGGGGAAGUGCCGACUGACAUCGACUCGUACGUCAAGUUCAACGCGUAUCUGCAAGAAAUGCGGGCGACUACGUUCGGCGAGUACGAAACUCGGUGUGCAUUUGUCAGCGAGGUGUUUGACCUCAUCAAAAAGUAUUCUGUGAAGAUCGAAGCAACGCACAAAAACCAAUUCGUCGAGCUCUCUCAGGCGCUCAACACGCUUCGGACGCAGGUUCAGUUCGCCGUCUACGCGUCGGAGACAAACACGCAGAGAUUCUUCGAGGAGCUGGAGGCAGUGAUUCCCCACAUUGAAGCGAAGAUUUCCGAGUCGCGCAUGCAGAUGGAGUCGGAAAUCUUUUCCACGGAGACGGCCGACGUCGACUCUGUCCUGGCUGUCUUGGAACGCAUGGAAGAAGACAUACGAGCGGUGACCUCCGAGGUCGAGCGAUGCAGAAGAUGCCAGGAAGUUCUUCGAACAGAGGCAUCGCCGUUCGAAAACUUCGACGACCUCGUCCGGAACUUUGGGGCCUUGAAAGGCCUCUUCAGUUCGAAAAAAUCCUGGGCGAACCUCCGCGAAAUGUGGGGCGAGCAGGCCUUCGCUGCCGCUGACGUUCGCGCAAUCGAAGCGGAAGUGCAAACCUACGCGAAGCUACUGAAUCGGUUUCAGCGGAGUCUCGGCGCGAAUGAAGCGUUUCUAAGCAUGAAGGCCGAUGUAGCAAAGUUCAAAACGUUUCUUCCAGUGGUCCUGGCACUCCGAAAUCCUGCUCUUCAGCCCCGACACUGGGAGCGCAUUCGCGAGUUCUUCGACUCUCUGGACCUACAGAGUCCGUCGCUUUUGCUCAAAGAUCUCCUCGCGGUCGACGUCGCGCCGUUCAUCCACGACAUUCUUCAAAUUGCCUCCGACGCCACUGCCGAGAAGGCGCUCGAAUCGACGCUGGAGGCCGUGAAAGACACCUGGGCGAGUCUGCAGCUCGUCACGACCAGCUACCGAGCAUCGAAAGACAAAGUGCCGAUUCUCGGGAGUCUAGAAGAAGUCGUCGCAACGCUCGACGAUUCGCUCGCGACUCUCGCGACGAUCUCAGGCUCGCGCGCGGCCGGCCCGAUGCAAGCUGAAGUCGAGGAGCUGCACGCGCGGCUCAUUUUGCUCCAAGAGACUCUCGAAGAGUGGCAACUCCUCCAGCGGAACUGGUUGUACCUCGAAGCGAUUUUUGCGGCGCCAGACAUACGCAAGCAACUGCCCUCCGAGGCAACCAAGUUCGCCGGAGUGGACCACCAGUGGCGAGAGCUGAUGAAGGAGACGCAGGAGUACUCGGUCGCAUUUGCAGCCGGCACGAAGGAGGAUCGCCUCGAAGUCUUCCGCCGCAUGAAUCGAACGCUCGACGGCGUUCGCAAGGCGCUGGAAGACUACCUCCAGCACAAACGCGAGGCGUUCCCCCGCUUCUUCUUCCUCUCGAACGACGAACUCCUCGAGUUGCUCAGUCAAGCGAAGAACCUCUCAGCCAUUCAGCCGCUGAUUCGCAAGUGCUUUGCGAACAUCUACGAGCUCAUGAUCGACGAAGAGGCGAAACUCGCCGAGAUUGUCGGCAUGAUCAGUGCUGAAGGCGAAGAAGUUCUCUUCUCCAAAUCCCUGAAGCCUCGCGGAUCCGUGGAGAAGUGGUUGCCUGAGGUCGAGGAGAUGAUGGUCCGAACGAUCAGGCGAAACUUGAGAGCAAAGCGCGGGGCAGCGUCGCUCAGCAGACGGGAGUGGAUCAAUGGCACCAGCUGUCAAGUCGCUGCAUGCGUCGCCCAGAUCGUCUGGGCGGCACAAACUGAAGAGGCGUUAACAAGUCCUGACGUCCACUCGAGUCUGACUCAGCACUACCAGCACCUCAGCGGACAGCUGCAAGAACUGACGGAGCUCGUUCGCGAAGAUCUCCCGGCUCUGGAACGCCGAACAGUCGCAGCCCUGGCGAUUCAAGAUCUCCACAACCGAGACGUGGUGGCCGAGCUUAUCGACUCCGCGGCCGACUCCUGCAGCUCCUUCGCCUGGACUCAGCAACUCAGGCACUACUGGCUCGAGGAACCGGACGCAUGCAUCGUCGUGCAAAUGGCGGCUCAGUUCAACUACGGGAACGAGUACCUUGGAGCGCCUGCUCGCCUCGUCAUCACGCCGCUUACCGAUCGCUGCUGGCUCACGAUUACCAGCUGCUUGAAACUUCUGAGGUUGAGCGGCAGCGUCGCGGGUCCCGCUGGGGCGGGGAAAACGGAGACGGUGAAGGAGCUCGCGCGCAUGCUCGGCUAUUUUUGUCUCGUGUUCAACUGCUCGGAGUCUGUGGAUCUCUACAUCCUGGAAAAAGUCUUCGCGGGGGUGGUGACGAGUGGGUGCUGGACCUGUUUGGACGAAUUCAAUCGUCUGGACAUUGAGGUUCUCUCAGUCGUCGCUCAGCAGCUUCUCGCGAUCCGGCAUGCGCUUCUGAAGGAAGAAGGCGCGUCGACAGCCUUCGGGAGGGGUGAGACCAGCAGCUACGUCAAGACGGGAAAAGACUCUUUUCUGUCUGCGUCGCGGCUGUCGAAAGUGAAACCUUCGGCCGGAAUCUUCAUCACGAUGAAUCCAGGCUACGCGGGCCGCGCAGAACUCCCUGACAACCUCAAAUUGCUCUUUCGCCCCAUCUCCAUGGUGGUCCCCGACUACACUUCGAUCGCGGAAAUUCUGCUCUUCUCGGAGGGAUUCGCAGAAGCGAAACUCCUCGCCGACAAACUCAUCAAGUUCUACAAAAUCUGCUCCGAGCAGCUUUCGCAACAGAAGCACUACGACUUUGGACUGCGAUCCGUGAAAACCGUUUUGCUCCUCGCAGGCGACCUGCGGAGACAAGACCCCGAAGCGAGUGAAGAAAACCUUCUUCUUCGGGCGAUUUGCGACGCCAAUGAGCCAAAAUUUGUGGAAGAAGAUUUGCCACUCUUUUACUCGACUCUCGCUGACUUCUUUCCUUCGUAUCGCCGAGAAGAAGAAAGCGACGAGGAGUUCGAGCAAGCGUUCCUCGCAGCCGUCGAAGAACGGGGUUUGCAGCCUUCGCCUGGGACUCUGACAGCGACGCACCAGCUAUCCAAGUUGCUGAGCGCUCGUGUGGGGACGGUCCUUCUGGGAGCUCCGAUGAGUGGCAAGAGCACGGCCGUUCUCGUCUUGGCCGACGUUCUUUCUCGCUUGUCGCUCUCGCCGAAACGGAAGAGACAGCUCUCGCGGGCGUCGUGCGCCAAGCGCAGACUGGGCCGAGGCGCCCGAAGACGGGGCGCUGGCGGUUCCGAACCACCAGCCUGGGACGGCGCGUCUUUCCUCUCCACGCCGUCCUGCCGCAGAGCCAGCGCGGGGCCUCAGGAAGAGGACGGAGACGGAGAAGAGACAGAGGAGACAGAAGAGGAGACUGAAGAGACGGAGGAGACAGGGGAGGAGGCCGACGCGGAGACGGCAGCGCAGGUGGAGGCUGCGACGACGAAGCAGUUCUCCGUCAGUUACCGAGUCGUGAAUCCGAAGGCGCUUUCCAUUCCCGCGCUGUAUGGCUCGUUUGACUACCUCACGCAAGAGUGGAGUGACGGCGUCGCUUCUCGCGUGAUGCGCGAGUUCGCGGCCACGGACUCCCACGGCCCGAAAUGGAUCAUCUUCGACGGACCCAUCGACUGCCUCUGGAUCGAAAGCAUGAACACCGUCCUCGACGACAACCAAACGCUCUGUCUCCCAAACGGCGAAAGAAUAAAACUGCGUCCAGAGAUGCGCCUUUUGUUCGAAGUAACAGAUUUGCAUGCAGCGUCUCCGGCGACAGUUAGCAGAUGUGGGAUGCUUUACUUUCCAAGCCGCGCCGUCUCGUGGGAGAGCAUCGUGCGCAGCUGGCUUCAAAGACUUCCAGAAGACCCCUUCACUGAGGAACUGCGAGAGCAGCUUUUUGAGUACUUCAAGCUCGUCGUUCCGUCCACCCUCGCGCAUUUUGAAGCGGAGACUCUCGAGACGGAGAUCGCCUCACCAGUCCUCUCGCUUGUCGCUUCUCUCUGCAACAUUCUCCAAGCUGUCCUGCACAUCCCUCUGGACCCAGCAGCCGAACAGAGAUUCGAAUCGGGAGGCGCCAAAGAAGACCAAGAUGUCAAGGCCGGCCGUAGGCGGACGACAACGACGCCGUUUUCCGACGCGAGUGCGCCGGCGUCGGACCGGCCUGUCUCCGCGACGGCAGCUGAUUUUUCGGCUGAUCUCCUACGGGUCUUUCUCCUCCCCGCCUUCGCCUUCUCCUUCAUUUGGUCCUUUGGAGGCGCCUUGAAGCCUCGCGCGUCGCGCUUCUUCACGAAGCUCGUCGAGGACGUCUUCCAGGAACAGCUGGCCUUUCCCCGCGGCGACGACGUCUUUGAUUUCGCCCUCAAUUUUGAGCCGUUCUUCGGCGCAGGGUACGCUCUUGGGCAUCGGCCAGGCGUCUCGCAAGGACACGACGGCCUCGCUGGGGAUCUGAGCGCAGAGAGCCGCGAAGACGACCGCGAAGCGACGAGAGGAAAAGACAGCCGACGCCGUUCCGGUGCGGGACGCGACUUCGGCGAGGCGAAGAUCGGCGCGGGCUGGGGUCCCGCGGAGCUCGAGAAGGCGCGGAAAAGUGCCCAUGCCUUCCUCUCGUGGGAGACUCUGGUUCCCGCGUUCACCUACAAAUCUGAGCCCUACUUUGCUCUCCUUGUGCCCACGAAGGAGUCCGCCAGAGCGAUGUUCCUCCUCGACAAAAUGAUUCAAGCCAGGAAAUCGAUCUUCUUCACCGGAUCAACGAGUUCUGGAAAAACGACUGUGACGAACCACCUUCUCGAUGAGAAGCGCGACGCAGGGGUGCUUCACACGAUCCGGCUGUGCUUCUCUGCUCGGACAAAGGCGGAAGAAGUUCAGAAGACAGUCGAAUCGAAACUGGAGAAGAAGCGAAAAAACCAGCUCGGCCCGCCGGCAGGCCGCGAGUGUGUGCUGUUUGUGGACGACGUGAAUCUCCCUUUGGCGGAGAAGAAAACGGGAACGCAACCUGCCAUCGAACUCCUCAGGCAAUUCCAGGAAUUCAAAGGUUUUUAUGACAGAAAGAAGAUUCACUGGAAAGCCCUCGAGAAGACGCUUCUUCUCGUCGCCGGCGCUCCACCCUCGAGCGGCCGGAAGCCUCUGCCGCCUCGCUUCUGUCGGCACAGUCUCGCUCUCUGCCUCUGCGAACCCGACAACUUGUCUAUCCAAAAAAUGUUUCUCAGUAUCCUCACCGGCUACUUCGAAGCUGAGGGUGUGAAGGCUGACAUCAGCUUUGCCGCCAAGUCCCUCGUUGACGCGACGAUUGAGCUGUAUACACAGGUCAGGGAGACUUUCCUCCCUACGCCGCCGCGCCCUGUCUACGGCUUCAAUUUCCGAAACGUCAAAAAGCUCUUUCAGGGCGUUCUUGCGGCGAAGAAAAACAGCCUCCCCGACAAGGAGACGCUGAUUCGACUCUGGGCUCACGAGGCGUGUCGCACCUUCUACGACCGGCUGAUGACUGAGGAAGACCAGCAACUCUUUCGGUCCUCGCUGCUGUCUCUGGUGAACCGAAAGUUCGCAGUGGAGUGGCGAGAAGAUCUCCUCUUCGGCGCUGGCGCGCGGUUGUGGGGAAACUUCUUCUCGCCAGAGAAACUCUACGAGGAGGCUGCUCAUUCGAAGCUGAUCCUUCCCCUCCUCGAGACCUUCCGCGACGAGCUUUUCGCCUCGACCGCGUCGGGCGCGGGGCGCGCAAAGGGUGGAGACACUGGAGACAGUCUCCCGGCCUCCGGGGUCGAGGCGGAAGGCCGCGAGGGCAGUCCCCUCGUCUUCUUCUCAGAAGCCGUCGAGCACCUCUUCAGACUCUGCCGCAUCCUCAUGUUGCCGAGAGAGAACGCGCUCCUCGUGGGCGUCGGCGGCACGGGAAAGCAAACGCUCUUUCGCCUCGCGGCCUUCAUUCAAGAGACCGCCGUGGUAGAGUUCGUGGCCGCAACCUCCUCCCUUUCUGUGUCGUCCCUCGACGACGACGCGCCUUCUUCGCCGACAGCUGGAACCGAGGGCGCCGAUGCGCAGGCCGCACGCGAGGCUUCCGCCUCCGUUCUGGACCAGUUUCGCGAGUGUGAAAAGGCCUUUCUGCUGCAGGCGGGGCUCUCGCAAAACCGCCCAACGGCCUUUCUUCUCACCGAGACCCAGAUCGUUGACGACGGCCUCCUCGAAGACAUCAACACCCUCCUCAGCACCGGGGAGCUGUCCCGGGUUCUUGAUCUGGAGACAGUCGACGCGAUUGUGCAGGAUCUCCUUCCUCUGGCGAAGGAGACGCGUCGGGAGACCAGUCGCGAGAGCCUGCUGCAGUUUUUCUACGAGCGCGUCGCGCAGAACCUCCACGUGGUCCUCUCGAUGUCACCGGCGGGAUCGGCGCUCCGCUAUCGCCUGCGCUGGUUUCCAGCGUUGCUCUCCUGCUGUACGGUCGAUUUCUUCGACGCCUGGCGGCCCGACUCUCUCUUCGAAGUCGCGAAAGACUUCUUUUUGCAGGCCGCGACUGGAGACGACCUCGAGACGGCUCAGGGCGAGAGCUGGCGAGGGGGGGAAGGCGCCGUAGCCAGCAAGCUCGACGGGGAAGACGCGAAGCGCCGAGCCGAUCUCUGCGUCCAGACGCACCUCCACGCGUCGGCCACUGCAGCCGAAUUUCUCAGACACCUCAAACGGCCUGUCUAUGUCACUCCCAAGAGUUUCCUUGACCUCCUCCGGCUCGUCGUCACGGUAGGGGAGACAGAGAAGAAAACGGAGGAGAAAGACAGAGAGAAACAAAGCAAACUCGAGACAGGAGAGAGCGAGAAACGAGAUGAACGGAAGGCCUCGGAGAGAGGAGAAGACUUGCCAGGCACCGACACGGAAAGAGGGGAAAGCGCACCUUUGCUGUUUUCUGCAGAGCUUGCGGCCUUCCCGUCGAGGGAGUUGUCGUCCGCUUUGCGUGUGCAUGCGAUUGGGUGUGUGUCUCUCUUGGCUCCGUCUGUGUAUCUUCACCGCUGGGCCCCGCAGUUGAAGAGCGAGAGACAAGACGCGCUUCAGCGGCAACGCUCCCUUCUCUCGAACGGGCUGCAGCGUCUCCAUCGGACGAACGCAGAAGUGAAGAAGCUGCGAGAAGACCUCGAGCAGCUGGAGCCCAUUCUGCAGAAGAAGACCAGCGAGUCGGAGCAACUCCUCGCUAUCGUCGAGAGCGAUCGCGCCGCGGCGUGCAGCGAACAAGAGAGAGUCGCUGCAGAGAGAAAACUGGUGAUGGGGCAACAGCAAGAAGUCGCUCUCCUGCAAGCAGACGCUCAGAAAGACGUCGAUACUGCAACGCCAGCUCUUGAGGCUGCUCUCGCCUCUCUGGAUGCACUCGACAAGAAAGACCUCACAGAGAUGAAAUCCUUCGCCAAACCGCCUCCCCUUGUCAUCGCAACGAUGGAAGUUGUCAAUCUCCUUCUCGGCGAAAAGUCCGACUGGGACACCGCCAGAAAGGUUCUUUCCGAUCCAGCACUGAUGACGAAACUGAAGAACUACGACAAAGACCACAUCUCCCCUGGGCUGCUGAAAAAGCUCGACAAGCUUCUACAGAGGUCUGACUAUACACCUGAGCAGGUUGGAAAGCAAUCGGUUGCUGCCAUGUCGCUCUGCAUGUGGACGCUCGCCAUCCAAACGUAUGCAAAAGUCGCUUGCGAAGUUCACCCCAAGAGAGAAAAACUCGCGGCGAUGAACGAAAUGCUCGAUCGCGCCAAUGCCCAGCUUGCAGAGGCAGAAGCGAAACUGACCCAAGUGAUGGCCAAGGUCCACGCGAUGGAGGAGAGACUCGCGACGCUAAAUGAAGAGAAAGAGCGACUACUCGAAGCGACGUCUCUCUGUCAACAACGCCUCAAUCGCGCCGGCAUCCUCACUUCUGGGCUUGUAGACGAAGCGACCCGAUGGCAAAGCACGAUCGCUGUGCUCGACGAGCGCCUUGCGUUCGUGGACGGAGACGCUUUCCUCUCGGCCGCCGCCGUCUGCUACUUCGGCCCAUUCACUGGCUGCUACAGAGACAAGCUGCAGGCGGCCUGGGCAGACAUGGUGGCAGCGUCGGGCGUUGCAUGCGCCGCAAAUUUCAGCCUCACCGAAGUGCUCUCCGACCCAAUCGAACUGCGCGACUGGGAUCUUCAAGGACUGCCUUCCGACCGGACGUCUCUGGAGAGCGGCGUGCUCGUGCGCUGCGCGGGAAAGCUCGGUCGAGCGCCUUUGUUCAUCGAUCCUCAGCAGCAGGCGAAGAAGUGGACGAAGAACAAGGAGGCGGAGAACGGGCUGCGAGUCGUGAACCUGUCUCACCCGAAGCUGCUGAAUAUUUUAACUUCUGCCGCUUGCGUGGGGCAGCCUGUUCUGAUUGAAGACGUCGGCGAAGCUCUCCCGCCGCUCCUCGACCCCCUCCUCCUUCUGCCCAGAGCUCGCGCGGGAGCCUUCAGCCCGGUGAAGAUAAAAAUCGGAGAAAAAACGGUCGAGGUAGACAGAAACUUCUCUCUUUUCCUCUCGACAAAAGCUGCCAAUCCCCACUACCUCCCCGAAGUCGCCCUCAAGGUUAUGCUCAUAAACUUCACAGUGACGCCUGAGGGACUCGAGCAGCAGCUGCUUACGGAAGUCGUCCGUCUGAAAACGCCCGACACAGAGAAGCGGAGCUCCGAGACGCUCGUGCAAAUCACCAAAGACAAACGCGCCUUGAAGCAGCUAGUAAGCCCUGGCACGGACUCCGAGCGGAAUCCGGGAAGCCCACAGCCAGUUUUCUGA